GCGCAGGAGGUGGGCCCCGCGGGCGGGAAGGCUCGGAGGGCGGCGCACGCGGAGGAUCCCGCAGAGCUCGCUGCUCCCCGGGCUGCACUGCAAAGGUUGUAGCACUUGGUCCCCGCCGGGAGGCACCCCCGCGGCGAGGCUGGGGGUCGUAGCCCCUCGUGCUGGCAGCUGCCGUCGCCCAGGAGCACAGUUGCUGUGCCCGGGGAAGGGAGGAGGAGCAGGCGCCGCUGGACUGUGGCAGCUAGAGGAGGAGCACACAGCUGUCCCGUGCGCCGGCGAGAGGGCUGCGCUCCUCGGGCUAAGUGGCGCAGGCUGACCCGCUGAGCUCCGCCAUGCAGCCUUGACCCGGCGCUGCGACGCGCAGCGAAGCGGCCGCGGGGCGCAGGCAGCAGCACUUCCCCGCCGACUCCGCUGCUGGCGGCCAGGCCCCUUUACUAUGGAACCCGUGACGAAGUGGAGCCCCAAACAAGUGGUGGACUGGACCAGAGGGUUGGAUGACUGCCUGCAGCCGUACGUCCACAAGUUCGAACGGGAGAAGAUAGACGGGGAGCAGCUGCUGCGGAUCUCCCACCAGGAUCUCGAGGAGCUGGGGGUCACGCGGAUUGGACACCAGGAGCUGGUGCUGGAGGCUGUCGACCUACUCUGUGCACUGAAUUAUGGCCUUGAAACCGAUAACAUGAAGAACUUGGUUUUGAAGCUGCGAGCGUGUUCCCACAACCUGCAGAACUGUGUCAGCAGCCGGAGGAAAAGCCCAGCCUACGACGGGAACACAUCCCGCAAACCUCCCAAUGAGUUUCUGACCUCGGUGGUGGAGCUCAUUGGGGCUGCGAAGGCCCUGCUGGCUUGGCUGGACCGGGCUCCGUUUACGGGCAUCACCGACUUCUCAGUCACGAAGAACAGAAUCAUCCAGCUUUGCCUGGACCUGACCACUACAGUCCAGAAGGAUUGCCUUGUAGCAGAAAUGGAGGAUAAAGUUUUAAAUGUGGUCAAGGUUUUAAAUGGCAUCUGUGACAAAACAAUCCGUUCUACCAGGGAUCCUCUUAUGAGCCAGUGUGCGUGCCUGGAGGAAGUUCACUUACCAAACAUUAAACCUGGGGAGGGCCUGGGCAUGUACAUAAAGUCGACCUACGAUGGACUGCACGUGAUUACUGGAACCACAGAAAAUUCUCCCGCUGACAGGUCUCAGAAGAUUCAUGCUGGUGACGAAGUCAUUCAAGUUAAUCGGCAAACUGUGGUGGGGUGGCAGCUUAAAAAUCUGGUCAGAAAGUUGAGAGAAAAUCCCACUGGCGUGGUGUUACUGCUGAAGAAGCGGCCUUCGGGUUCUUUCAACUUCACCCCUGCUCCUCUGAAGAACCUGCGGUGGAAGCCGCCCCUCGUGCAGACCUCACCCCCGCCCACGACAACACAGUCUCCCGAGAGCACGAUGGAUACCUCGCUGAAAAAGGAGAAGCCAGCCAUCCUGGACCUAUAUAUCCCCCCACCGCCAGCCAUGCCCUACUCACCCCGGGAGGAGAGUGGGGGCUUUGUUUAUGGAGGAUUCAACAAGAGUAAGCAGCCAUUGCCCGCCCCCAAAGGCUCGGAGUCCCCCAAUUCCUUCUUGGAUCAGGAGAGCCGAAGGCGAAGAUUUACCAUUGCGGACUCUGACCAGUUGCCUGGAUAUUCUGUGGAAAGCAAUCUUCUGCCCACAAAAAUGAGAGAGAAAACACCAUCCUAUGGCAAGCCCCGACCCUUGUCCAUGCCAGCAGAUGCCAACUGGAUGGGGAUUGUGGAUCCUUUUGCUAGACCUCGAAGUCAUGGGAGGAAAGGGGAAGAAGCUCUUUGCCGGUAUUUCAGUAACGAGCGGAUUCCUCCCGUCAUUGAAGAAAGCGCCUCUCCCCCAUACCGCUUCUCCAGGCCUGGGACAGAGCGACAUCUCGUGCGUGGCGCAGACUACAUCCGAGGGAGCAGGUGCUACAUCAACUCCGAUCUCCACAGCAGCGCCACCAUCCCAUUCCAGGAGGAGGGGACCAAAAAGAAAGCCGGCGCCGCAGCAGCCAAGUCCUCCUCCACGGAGCGGUCUCUGCUGGUGAGCUGGCUUACGCGCCUGAGACUGCUUACCCACUGAGGGUGCGUCCUCACGCCUUCCCGUCUCCUGCUGCAAGUGCCUUCUUUGGUAUAGCCUCGCGGAUCUCAUGCACAGUGUUACAUGGUGACCUUGCACGAUGCCUGCCUUCCUUGCUUCCUGAGGUUUGCUGACUACCCCUCUGAGAAACGUAAAGGACUUGGAUGGUAGCCAGUCCAGAGGCUCCUAGGUGUGGGCUUGUGGAGGUGAAGGAAGGAUGUGACUAGACUGUGCUGUUUCGGCUUCCCCGAUGCUGGAACAUGGAGACACUCUGUAGACACAGCAUCUUGGCCAAAAGGGUGGCCGAUGGGAGGAAUGGGGUCAGCGUUCUUGGGUUUUGAGGGGUUACACGGAGUGGGUCCUCAGCUUGGGAGCAGUUGUCACAUAGAUCUGUUCGAUUGUGGACCAACUACUUUACCUGAAGAGCCAGUGAAGGAAGCAUUGUUCGAUGUUGUGAAGCUGUAUUCCAUUUCUGUAAGCGCGGCAACUUUGAGGUUGUUCUAACCACAUGGGGAGUGACUGAUGACUUCAGAGCAGAA